UGAGCACAAACUUCUGAUUUCUUUUCUUCAGAUACUCACUUUGUAGUACAAAUUACACCAGGGAACUGGCUGCCAUAGCCACUGCUUUAGAGUUUCCCUAUUUUACAGUUUUCGCCAGAGCAGUUGGAGGCUUAUUUUCUUUUUAUAAAGGAGAACUCCUUCACAACCCAGAUUGUGAUCCUAGGGAAUUAAACCAGCAAUCAUUUGAUCAGAUACUACUUAAUCUUCAAGCUUCUGCUGCUUUAGGAAAUUAAAAAUGAUGCAUUAUACAAUCAUUGUCCUAUAAGAUAUUUCUGGUUGACAAAUAUUGCCCUAGUGCAUGCAAAUAACACUUGGGGUACACAGUCUGCCAUCAGGGAAUGUUCUGUGGUAAACUUUUCUAAUCAAAAGCAGGCAGGUAAAAAAAAACAACAACUAACAAAUAGAAAGAAGUUACACAUUACUAAGUGAUGAAAAUGUGGCACUGUGAUGUUUUCAGCACUGUCAUAAACAUUGCUAUGUAUCAGUUCUGUAUCUGUCACACAUGAGUUAAUUAUAACAGCCUUGGAGGAGGCUGUGGGGUCCACUCCCCUUUCCUCUCGUUGUGUCACAUUCAAUUUCACUUUACGAAACAUUUAAAUGGGUGCUGUGCUUGUUGUCUUUGCAGCUUUGGAUCACUGUCGUCUUGCCAAACAAGCACAACAAAUGCACUCUUCUCCCAGUCCCGUCCAGCCCAAGCUGUGUUUCGCAUCGACACAAACUCAAUUAUUGUCAGUAAUUACAAGUAUCUUGGGGUGUUUGAGUGGAAGCUGAAUUACAAAAGCUACAAAACAAGGAUUAAAUUGCUUGAGCUCUUGAUAGGAGCAAAGGGAGCCAUAAAACUGUCUCUCAGAUACAACUGGCCCGAUCUGUCUAAAGCUGCUGGUAUAAUCAUUAGUGUUUGGUUUAUUGUAAGUGCUCUUGUGGUCAGUUUGUACAAAUAUCCCUUUGCUUCUUCACCCAGGGGUCAUGAGAAAAGUCAAGUGUGGAUGACAUUAGCUUCAUGCUCCAUAUGCUCCUUAUGCAUACAUAAGAAUCCAGCCAACCAUUACAUUAAUGGUUGGCUGACAGAUCCUGGUGUGCUUUUCAUUUGAACAGUUGUCUCUUAGCUGUUGUAUUUUAACACUGUAGGAAUAGCGUUUGGUUAAUAACAUUUUCAGAUAAUUAUUUGAUCCUGAUUAGAAUUUUUUGUGUUAGGUUACCUUAUUUUUAUUUUCUUAGGUUAUAGUGUAGAAAAUCUCACUGCUAGAUGUCAGUAGUUUGCAGAUUGCAGUCAACUUAAUUCCGUUUUCUUACCGGGGCCUGCUAUAAGCUGGGGCAAGAGGGGGCAAUGCCCCCUUAAACAAACGUCCUGCUCCCUUAAGUCGAACUUUUAGAAGUUGAGAAAGAAAAUAAUAGAUUACCCACAAACUGAAUAUGGACAAGGUUUACUACAGUAGUUGAAAAAUCCGCUGGAAAAGCCACAAAUGAGAUGAUAGGUUUCACAUCUCGUUCACUCUUUGCCUCCGUGCACUGUUUGUGCGCAGACUCGCACAGCACUCGGCGGAGAACUCCCCCUCCCCCUAACUAAACACCCAUGCGACACAUCUUCCCACUGCCUUCAAGCUGGACUCAAGUUUAUAAAGAACUCGUGUCAAAGUAUUGUGGUUAAGUUAAAUCCAAUUUAUUAACCUACCUCUGAGAUGAAGCUGCGAAGAAUGUGCUUUCUCCCGUUUAGCUACAGCAGGCGAUGAGUUUUACAGUGCCUUCAUUAGGGAGACAAAUAAACCCUGAAAUGAGAACUGGAAGCCUUUGCCUCUCCUUUUGAAGAACUGUUUAUCUAUCUGCCAAACUGGGCAUCAACGUACAGGGAGGGCAGAAUAGUAAAAAAGCAUCAUUCUCAUCAGCCAGAUAGUUCUCUAAAAGCAAGGAUGGAUGAGACGCUGGAAACAAGGUCAAAAGUGUCCAGUUCUUUACGUUCCAGCCAGCUUACAUCGUCAUCUACUGCUGCCGCCAGAGCACGAGCAAAAGCAGAAGCUGCCCGUGCUCAGCUCUCCUUUGCCAAGCAGGAAGCCAGCAUCCUAAAACAACAGGCCGAGCAGCUUAAAAAGAAAGCAGAUCUGGAUGCAGAGCUACACAUACUCAAAUCACAGAAAGCAGCUGCAGCAGCACUAGCUGAGGCUCAAGCUUGGGAAGCGUCUGCGCAAGAGAGUGAGCAUCCACAACAGCCCCAGCUGGAUGACAUGCAGCAAUUCAGCCCAAUAGAACGAGUCCAAGAGUAUGUGCAGCAACAAUCAGAACUCGGCAACGAUCUGCAGACUCCACAAGUUAAUCAUCCAGAACUCCUAUCUUCUCUGGUGCAACAGCCAGCCACGGCCAUCGAUGCAACACCAAAGGCUCACAAAGAACCAAGUAUCCAUCAGCCCAGUAGGAGCAAAAACCGAGAAUUCACACCUUUGCCAGUCUUCCAUGCUUUGAGCCCAAAGAGAGAAUCUUGCAACUGGAGCUAUGGAGGCGAGCCAACAAACAAUGAUCGAUUUCACCAUCCUCAGUCUAAGGUAUGGACACCUACACCUGUAAGGAGUAGUCAUGCUGACACGUCUGAUCUAACGAGAUACCUGAUACGAAAGGAGAUGAUCAGCUUGGGCCUGCUGAGGUUUGAUGAUCGACAAGAAAGUUACUGGGCUUGGAAGGCUUCCUUUCUAAGUGCAAUUCAAGAUCUGGAUGUAACACCUCAAGAAGAGCUAGACCUGCCAUCCAAAUGGCUCGGGCCACAAUCAGCAGCACAAGUAGGGCUGUGCGAUAUGACCAAAAUCUCAUAUCCCGAUAUUAAGACAUCUAUCGUCCGAUAACGAUAUAAAUCAC